AUGGCGGGCAUAGUGAGGAAGGCCACAAGUUUACUUCUUUUAUCUUUGUUCCUCCUCCCUUGCCUAAUGAAUGGCAAGACGGCGUUGGCGGCGACGAUCUCAGCCACAAGAUCGUGGUGCGUGUCCAUGCCGGGAAUGACAACGGAGAAACUCGUGGCAAACAUCAACUAUGCCUACGGGAGCGGCUUAGCAGAUUGCAAAGCGAUACAGGAAGACGGCCCGUGCUACUCCACCGACGUCAUCAAAAUGGCAAGCUACGCCAUGAAUGCCUACUACUACGGCGCCGGCCACGAGGAAUUCAACUGCUACUUCGAUGGUAGCGGCCUCAUAGUCCAACAUGACCCCUCUUACGAUGACUGUACGGCGUUGGCGGCGACGAUCUCAGCCACAAGAUCGUGGUGCGUGUCCAAGCCAGGAAUGACAACGGAGAAACUCGUGGCAAACAUCAACUAUGCCUGCGGGAGCGGCUUAGCAGAUUGCAAAGCGAUACAGGAAGACGGCCCGUGCUACUCCACCGACGUCAUUAAAAUGGCAAGCUACGCCAUGAAUGCCUACUACUACGGCGCCGGCCACGAGGAAUUCAACUGCUACUUCGAUAGUAGUGGCCUCAUAGUCCAACAUGACCCCUCUUACGAUGACUGCAUAUAUCCUUAA